AAACAGUAUAAUUUCCAUUCUAUUCUUUCCUAGUUUUGAAACUGUGAAACUCCAUUUCUGAUCUCCUGGCAUAGUCAGCUAUUUAAUUUAUAGAUCUAGUUUAAAAUUUUUAUUGAGCAGCUAACAGUUUUUACCUAUCAGUCUACCAAUCGGAAUCUGCAUUUUCUCGAACGAACUCAUUGCGCGAAUAACACCUGAUCUCUCAACCGUGUGAAAACCCCAUCGCCACACGCAUCACGUGCAACAGCUGCUGGUUGUGUAAUAAGCGUUUCGUUACAUCGUGGAGCGCAGGAUGGAGGAGGAGAAGAACGCGGAGCGUCGCGAGCAAUCACGUGAUCCGGCCCUGAACAGCGCCUUCCAGGGCUUAUCCCUGCGCAACGAGGAGUUGGCGCGACAGGGCUCCUCCAGUACGGAGGAGAGCAGUGAGGAGGGUGAGGGUGGGGAGCUGCCCGACAACCUCCUGCAGUCCUUCUCCACGGGCGGGACGGAUGAUCUGGAGCUGCUGCAGAAGGAGUACGAUAUGCUGUCUAGCAGCAGUUUAGCCGAGACAUCCGAGGAAUUCUCAGCCGAAGGGCUGGAUGGGGAGAUCCUGAACGGUGUGUACUUCGACAAGCUGGAGUUGGAGUUGAGCGCCAUCGAGAACGCCAUGUCGGACUUCGAGGGCCGUCUGGAUACGCUGCGCGCCCAGGCCCAGGAUCUCCUGCUGACCCUGCAGAAGGAGCGCUCGGCGUCCCGCGGAGAGUCCUGCGACGAGAAGAUGGCGGACAGCGCGCCGUUGACGACGCCGCUGGUCGAGCAGGGACACGGCGAUACCGCUUGAACGGCGUUCGGCCUUUCCGCCGAACAAUGCCGGAGAUUGACAGGAUUGGCGUUGACAUGACAGAUUAUAUAUCAUUCCGAUUAAUAUCGCCCUCGAGGGGCCGUUAAUUAAUGAGUGAUGUGGUUGGUCGUUCGGUAACAGAUUUUGCAACUUAUCGGUGCAUUCAGGUUGGCUUGUAAGGUCGUGUUUAAUUCAAGUGCCGUUAGGUGGUUGUGCGUUGUAUGAUCUGGAAAAAAUGCUGAAUGAUGCAGUAACUGACAGCUGCAGUGGGAAUACCAACAGAUUGGUGUGGUUAAUAAAAUUUGAUUAAAAU